AUGGUGAAGAAGCAAGGAGAAAUGAAUGUGUGUGGUGCUGUCAAUGGUGGCAGAGUGGGAACUUCUUCAGUUUCACCACCACAAGAGAAAGGAAGGAAGAACAAGAGAAAGUUAGCUGAUCCUUCUCAACACAAUGCUGCUGCUUCCUUGACUGAAUUCCCUCGGUAUGAGUUGCAUUCACUGAAAUCUCAAAACCCUUUGUGUGAGAAAGCGGAAGAGUCUGGAUCCGUUGGAUGGGACGAUCCGUUUGCUUGUCAUCUCGAAGAACUCUUAUCAUCGAAUCUGCUCGCACUCUUCCGUAGUGCAAUGAAACAGAUCGUGGACUGUGGGUACAGUGAGGAUGUUGUUUUGAAAGCUAUCUCAGGCAGUAGGCUCUACUGCGGUGGAAAUGAUCUCGUGUCAAACAUUGUCAAUGACACCUUGAGUUUCUUGAAGAGUGGGAAAAAAGUUUCCGGCUUGAGAGACUAUGUGUUUGAGGAUUUACAGCAGCUUGUUGCGUAUACGUUGGUAGAGAAGAUAAGUCUCGUUAGGGAGGUCAGGCCAUCUCUUUCAACAGUCGAAGCAAUGUGGAGGCUGUUGAUGUGUGACUUGAAUGUUUUGCAAGCAUUUGAGGUGGAAGGAGAUGGAUUUGAGGGCUCUUCAGGUUUCAAUCCGAAUAAACCGUCGGAAUCUGCAGGUGCUGCUGAGUGCAACCCUCCAAAAUCCAGCGACUCAGAUAACCCGAAGCCCCCAUUGUCCAAUGCUCAAAGCAAACAGGGUGAGCUAGUCAAAUUUGGGAACUUCCCAAGUUUAACCAACUCCAAAAACUCUCAUGCUAGUGGAGGAGCAACACCAGGAAAAGAGGUAUUUUCUGUUACCACUGCUUCUGGUGAAGCCACUAAAAGUACAUCCCUGACUUCUGUUUCUGAUGAAAAAUUAGUAUCUUGUCGAAAAAGCCGAACCAAAAAAGAAAUGGCCAUGCUCCGGCAGAAAUCAUGUGUGGAGAAGAUUAGAACGUAUAGCAAAGGCGGUGGCUAUAAGACGGCAAAGUUUGCCUCAGUCGGAGGUUUCCUUGUGGAGAAAAGAGGCAAGUCACCUUCUGAUUUGGUGUCUGCACAGGCAAGAAACUCUUCAUCAAAGGUAGCAGCAGAGGCUGUGAAAGUUCCUUUAGCCGAGAGUAACGGUACUAAGUCAGAUUCGCCUGCGGUAGAUGUGAAGAGAUGUGUUACUGCCUUACCUGCUAUUAAUGCUCCAGCACCAUUGGCUUCGGAAAAGAAGUCUGAAGAAAAGGCUUCUGUGUCUACAAAGCCAGCACCAGAUUAUUACGCUGCGAUCCCGUAUGAUGCAUCUCUGGGGAUAUAUGUUCCCCGGAACAAAAGAGAUGAGUUGGUAUUAAAGCUUGUUCCCCGGAUGAAAGAUCUGCAGAGUGAAGUGCAGGUUUGGACUGACUGGGCCAAUCAGAAAGUAAGGCAGGCAACUAGUAGACUUCUUAAGGACCAACCAGAGCUUAAGGCACUACGAAAAGAGAAAGAAGAGGCAGAAGAGUUCAGAAAAGAAAAGCAGUUGUCGGAAGAGACCACUAGGAAAAGGCGGUCUGAAAUGGAGUGCGCCUUGAAUAAUGCGACAAACCAGCUCGAGAAAGCGAAUAACACAGCUCGCAGGCUCGAGCUGGAGCAAUCUCUGUUAAAGAAAGAGAGGGACGCUGCUAACAUAAGAGCUGCCGAGGCCGCUGAGAGCUAUAUAGAAGCAAAGGAGAGAGUGCAAAGAUCGUUGAAGCAUACUCAGUCGUGGGAAGGGCAGAAGGUUUUGCUGCAGGAAGAGCUUAAGAGUCAAAGGGAAAAGGUGGCAGAGCUGCAGCAAGAAGUUGCUAAGGCCAAAAAUCACCAAAACCGAAUUGAGGCUACUUGGAAACAAGAAAAGGCAGCGAAUGGGAAACUUGCUGCACAAGCGGCUGCGUUGAAGAAAGAGAGAGAGAAGCUGGAAGAAGUCGGAAAAGCAGAGGAAGAGCGGAUCAAAACAAAAGCAGAGAGCGACGUGAAAUACUACAUCGAGAACAUCACAAGGCUCGAGGGCGAAAUCUCAAAGCUGAAACUCAAGUCAGACGGAUUGAAGAUAGCUGCACUGAAGAAGGGCAUAGAUGGAAGCAAUGACGGUAACAAGACUCAUAGCAACACCACAAAGACAAACCCGAUGGAAGCAGCAAAAGUGUGGGAGAACAAUCACGGGACAGAGGCGAAAAUCAAAAGGGAGAGGGAGUGUGUGAUGUGUUUGUCUGAAGAGAUGAGUGUGAUUUUCUUGCCUUGUGCACAUCAGGUUCUUUGCUCUAAAUGCAACCAGCUUCAUGAGAAGGAAGCCAUGGAGGAUUGUCCGUCUUGUCGGGCCAAAAUCCAGAGGAGGAUUCAGGCUCGUUUUGCUCGCGGGUAA